CAUUCAAAUGGCCCUGUUUAAACCCUAAACAAUGUAAUCGCCUUUCUCCCUCAACUUUCCUAUUUAUAGGGUUUCUGGGGUUUAGCAUUAGCUGUCUCUGAUUCAUCAUUUGCUCUCCCCAUCAGAUUCCCACAAAGAAGCACCAUGUCUGUAGCUGCAAUCGAACAUGCAUCUUCCACUCCACAAAACUGUAUCGACCUCCUAGUAGGCAAGAACUACGAGCUCAAGCUAAACCAGUCAAUGCAAAAUCUUUUUGCCGAAAUCCACGAAGAAACCCUCGACUUAUCUCAUUUCAUUCAUGUUUUCUACGAAUUAAUGGAAGCAAAGCUUGACCCACCUCUUGAAUCGAUCUGGGUGUACGCCGGAUUAACCUUUCGCAGCAGAAACCCACGGAAAGAUGGCCUUUUGGAUCGGAUAACGGCCUCGAAGGACUUGUUUCAGUUGGUAUCUUCUUGUUCUGUUUCGUGCGGUUCUUCGAAGUGCAUAGCAUUGCUUACUCCGGUGGUGUUCGAGGUGUACAAGGUGGUCGUUGAGUUGUUUGGAAAGGACUUGGCUUUGAAGAGAGAGAGGAAAGCAAUGAGGGAGAUUAUAUCAUUGGUGGAAGGCAUUCUUGGGUAUAUCAAUGUGUGUUGUAGUAAGGAUUCUAGUGACGAAUGUGGUUCGCUUGGUUCGAAUUCGACAACGCCUUUCGCAGAAUUAGUUCGCAUUUGGAUCGGUUCUAAUGAUGGCAUAGAGGCUUUCUUGCCGCUUCUAAGUGGUGGAACUAUUGAAUGGCUCAAUGACGGAAAAUUUUGUGUCGGACAGUUGGCUGGAGUUGUUAUUGCCGAGGUGUUUCUGUUGGAACUUUGCUUAAAAUUCCGUGCUGGGAUUGCGAGGGAGGAGUUGAGGAGUUGGGCUGUUGGUUCAAUUUCUGGCUUUCGGAGCUUCUACUUUUUCGAGAACCUUGUGCGGAUACUGCUGGAGAGGGUUUUGACUGUGACUUCCCUAUUGAGUUCUGAAGAUGAAGUUUUGUUAAGAAAUGUCCUCUAUGAUGCUGUUAUAUUGGUUGAGUAUUCUUUUCUCAGUCCUGAGAGGGCAUUCAGCAUACCUGCUGAGCACAUGAAAUGUCUUGCCAUGGCAAGAUUGAUUCUUACAUAUGAGGCCAUAGAAUUUUUCAGGGAAGGUGGGGAUCAGAAGAGAGCUAUUUCUUACAUAGACGCCUUUUCAAAUUCACUUCUACCAUCCCAAAUUAUUAAAUGGGGCAGCAGCCAGAUUGUUUUGGAGGAAAAACUGAAUAGAUCAAGUGGAUCCUCACCAAAAGCUCUAAUCAAGUGGCUACUAAACCUCGAGGAUCGGGGAAUAAAAGUAUUUGAUGAUAGCAUUUCAAAAUAUCGUACCAAAUUAGUUCUUGAUAUCUUUAAAGCUGACUUGGAGCAACCUGCAUCUAAGUUGAAGAACAAAAAAGUGGAUGAUGAUAUUCUCUUUACCAUUGAUAAUAAUGGAGCAGAUGAAGAUACAGAUGAGGAUAAGAUGAAACAAUCCAUGAGUGCUGCAUUUGUGGCCGCUGCCCACACGAUGAAGCUGCCAGAAAAGGGAGGAAGAAAACGGAAAGAAGGGAAAAGUGCUGAAAAUCAGAAGAUAAAAUUUGUCAAGUAUGACCUUUGCCAAAACUCAGAUUCAGUCAGAUCAAGGUCAACUAUUGUCAGUAACGAUGGUUCUGAUAGUGAGAGUGAAGUUGAAAAUCCACUCUCGGAUGAGGAUACAGAAACAAAGGAGUUUUAAGGUUAUCUGUGGGGAAAAGACCUUAACCAUGCUAUUUGUAGCAGCUUCACUCUUUUGUUGCGCUCUGUUAGAAUGUUAACCAACUGAAUGAUGAAAAUCUGUGCAAUCACUCUUUUGUUGGCUUGGCAGAUGAGAUACUGUAAUGCUUCAGGUUGCUGGAGAUACAAACCAGUAGGUGAUAAGCUUCCAUGGCAUCUAGUCAGUUUUGCUAAAAUAUUUAUGGUAUCACCAAUUUGCCCA